AUGGAGGACUACGAAUCGCGACCGACAUUCGCGGAACUCACUCGCACAUUUCACAACUUUUGCAAGACUCCCGGGCGUUAUCUGUAUAUCCAAGGUGAUGAAUAUGCGAUUAAUUAUCAAGCAGGUAGCUAUACAACUAACAUCUCAGCAGACCCGAACGAGAUUCAACCGUUGCUAAAUCGUGGUCUGCCAGACGGAAGUGCGUAUGGUGCCAAAAGUAACGGCAGUUUAUGCCGUACCACUUUGACAGAGGUGAGCACUGGGACCAGGCCACUGAAUAGUCCACACCGAUUUGCGCGUGCACCGAAUCAGUUGGACUAUCCACAACCUGCAGUCGGCACACGCCCCGAACACUUCCAUCCGAGUCAGUCAAUGGAACUGGAGGAUGCGCAGGGCUUAUUACCGACCCGAACCAGUCAUGCAACCGGUCACGGAAUGUGGCCAAUACGUGGUCGAACAACCGGGACUGUUUCGGUUCCCAGUCCGACCCCGGGCCCGUUGGCACACACUACUUCCAUGAGUUCGCCCGGGGAUGGAUUGAAAACACGUCGGUUUGAAAACCUAUCACCAGCCGGUACAGGAACUGCUUCGUCUGGUACUGCGAGUCCACGUCAUCCUGGUCGCCAAAUUGCUCCACUGGCUUCUCGUGAAGACUCGUGGUUGACCGAAGCCCCAGAUUCGCCAGCGUGGCACCCACCAGCAAUUACGGAUCCCAGAACGAUUUCGCGACGUUCACCAGCUAUGUCUCACCCGCACGGGAGCUCUUUACCACGUGAAGGCUUUCCAGCUGGUCAUCCUCUCUCACAAACCCCUGGAAGUACGACACCAAUCUCGUCCCAGUGGAGCAAACCUGAUGACAGUUCCAGCUACCUACUACCUCCACCACAUCCUGCUCCUAUACGGCCACCAGAAGAUGGAUAUCUCGAGCCGAAA